AGGGCGAUGGUUUGUUGUCGUUUGAGACCGGCGGAACUGAUUUCCACGUGAGAAAAGCCUUCUAGAAGUUUCGCCAAUUAAUCUGUGUUUAUUCCCGGAACCCAGUUACUAUGGCCGAAGUACAGUGCUACAACAAAGGGUGUGGUCAGAAGUUUGACCAACAAAAUAAUCUCGAUGAUGCAUGUACAUUUCACCCUGGAGAGCCAGUGUUCCAUGAUGCUCUCAAAGGCUGGUCCUGCUGUGAUAAGAGGAGCACAGAUUUCACCAUGUUUCUCAACUACCCUGGCUGCACCAAGGGAGCUCACAGUAAUGUGAAACCGGUGGAACCCAAGAAACCAAAGACUGAAAACCCCGGGGAGGUGGUGGUGGUUGAGGCCCCCAAACAGAGAGAUCCCAUCAAGCCACGCAAUGCUAAUGAUCGGCCGUUGGUUGAUGAACCCAUGACAAAACUUAAGCUGACAGUGGGAGCGACGUUGAAGUCAGCGCUGGAGAAGCUCACACUGGAGGCAGACGAUGACAAGGAGAGUGCAGUUGAGACAGCUGAUAACACAAUAAAGAUUGGAACAAGCUGCACAAACAAUUCAUGUAAAGGUACUUACCAGGGCGAGGCCAGCGACAGUGAGACCUGCAUGUACCACCCUGGCGUGCCUAUCUUCCAUGAAGGAAUGAAGUUCUGGUCAUGCUGCAUGAGGAAGACAUCAGAUUUUGACAGCUUCCUGAAUCAGGUGGGGUGUGAGACCGGGACACACAGGUGGAUCAAGCCACAGGCAGAAGGAGGGGAGAAGAAGGCAUGCAGGUUUGACUGGCAUCAAACAGGGCCCAAUGUAUGUCUGUCUGUGUUCGCCAAGGUGGCCAAUCCUGACUUUUCUCACAUAGAAGCCAACAGGGUCUUUCUCCGAGUUCACAUAGUGUUUGACGGCGGGAAGAGUAUAUUUGAACAGGAAUUUGUUCUCCGAGACGUGAUAGACCCUGCCAGGAGUUCUGUGAAGAUGCUUGGCACUAAGGUGGAGAUCAAUCUCAGGAAGGCUGAGAACUUCAGCUGGCCAUCCCUAGAGAUGCCCAAGACCGACGACAUCACCUAAAAAUGAGUCCAAGUGACACACAUAGAUCUGGGGAAAUUUCAAACAAGGCGUGUUCGUUCAGGACACGGACCAAGGGCUACUUACCUCCACAAUUGCAAUCCUCAUUCAAGAGAGUUUGAUCUGACCAAUUCUUGCAGCGUCCAUGAAAGAAUACCUAAAUAUUCUCCAAAAAGGAUGUAUCAAAAUUCUUCAUUUCAAACAGGUGAUGAUCGUGGUCUGUGAAAUUUUGUUAGGAAUAAUUAAGAUUAUACCCAUAUUGGGAAAUAUUGAAAUAUGUGAGUACAGAUUAAACACAGUAUGAAUAUCUGAAUAGAAAAUAUCUCAUUUACCUAUGCUGAUUGUCAGAGGUGUUGAAUGAAUUAGUCUAAACUUUUAUAUACAUGAAGGAUAUGUGUGUGUUCAGCUGUUAGACACAAUAGUAUCUGUAUGGUUGAGCUGGAAAUAGGUUGAUUGCAAUUUCAGCAGGUGUCAUAUUGGUUUUACGGGUGCUGUUUGCGACAGUGUCAGUAAACUAGGGAUGAAAUGGUACGCUCUUACCAAGGUACAGUACGUGGUGCGGUACAAAGCCUUCGGUUCGGUCUGUUUCGGUUCCGGUAUAUGAGAUAUGGUCAUUAUGCAGAAAUUGACAAGAGCCAAACCUUACAUUGUUUAAUGGCAUGGUGAAAAAUAACCAUAAUCCUUUUUAUUUUGAAUGAACAAAAUGUCAUUUUAGGUCUAGAUGGAAUUUGAUGGCACGAAACCGAAAAUACAGAAUUUUGGGAUUUCAUUACGGUAUACCGAACCGAAGAUAAAAUACUGCAGUUCUACUAAUACUGUGUUAUACCGAUUCACCCCUACAGUAGACUUGCAGCAUAUUGGAUAUGAUUGUCUCCCUUUGGUGCCAAAUGUUUUGACUGGAGUCAAAUGAUCAAAUGGUAUCAAGUGGCUGUUCAGAUGUGAAUUACGGUCCUAAUGAGAUAUAUAGUUGUAAGUUGAUGAUAUUUUGAAGACAAAAUGUUCUUUUCAUUCAUUAUCAUGAUAUUUUUGUCUGCAUUAUUACACAAAAGGUUGCAAAUAUAAAAAUUCAUAAUGAUUGUAUGUGCACUCGUGCAAAUAUCACUUUACUUGUACCAGUGUUGUUGAAAUCAUCCGGACAGCAUUGUUGAUGUCAAUUGAAUCUUAUUGUGACAUCAUGGAGGAUUAGAGGUGAAGAUUGGUGAGGUCAUUUGACAAAAUUGUUUUUUGGAUGAGUGCAUUUUUUCUAAAGAGUAGCUCUAAAGCCAAGGAUUAACAAAUAAUUAAAGGAAUUACUCAUCAUGCCCAUGUAUAUAUCUGCAUAUAUUACCUUUACUCUUGCGUGCCGGGAAAUGCAAGAAUUCUGACACCCAUUUCAUAAAAUCAGUAUGACAUAUGCUCCCAUAACAAUCUCUAUAUACUCAUGCCUGAAAUUAAUAACAACACAUGUUCGUAUUUAUAAAACUCAUGUUCUUGUGCUAACAUAUGUAAAGUUAUAACAUAGGGGAUACAUUUUAACAUACUUCUGAGAAACACUAUUGGUCAAUUGUCAGACAGUUACAUUUCAUAAAUAUGUCACAUUUUACCUUAUCCUGACUUAGACUAUUCGCUCAAGCGUAUGAGUUAGGAUAAGUAUAAAUGAUAUAUUGAUCUAAAAAAGUGCAUUUUUCAAAAAGUGGAAUACUGACUAGAAUUAAAAUUAAAAACAUGACACAUUAAAAUGUAUUUAGUAUUUGAAGUGAAAUAUUUCUUUAUCAAUCUGUUGUUUAUGUGAAAUUUUAGGUUAAUUCCUAAGUUAGGUUUCACAGCCAUUUCCUUUACCAUAGAACAAAUUAUUCUAUCUUCUUUGUUAUUUAUAUAUUUCAUUUUCUUGAAUCAUGCUCAUGGUGUCUCAAAGGAUGAAGUGCAAUUAAUUUCAGUUCUUCAGGAAUGUGUUGUGUGAAGUUUCAAGGCUGAAAUAUCGGUUUUCUCAUAGGAGUACCCCAUAUCCAUAGUCAUCCAUUACUGUUUCUGUCUUGUAAGGGAUGAACAUGUUCUUCAUUUUAAUUCAUUAAUAACUUACCAUUUGUAAAUUUUAAUGCCUGUUCAUAUCAGGGUUAAAUUGAAAGUCAAGCUGGUGUGCUAGACUGAGACCAAGUGCUAAAGUUGAAUGUUACUAUAGUGAUUGUAAAUCACAGAUGAUAGCCUGGUCAGGUAAAGGGCCCCGGUGGUCAUAGAACUGUAUCAUAUUUAGCUGACUGUACAACUUUUGUUUACUUUUGUCAUGUCACGUCCCACCUUACAAGUUACCAGACCCUAAAUAGUACUCCAACGAAGAAUUUAUUUAUUUGAAAGUUAGAAAUGUUAAUUUUUUGUUAGUUAUUUUGCUGUUGUUCCCUUCAUGCCCCCUACCCUAUAAACCGUGAAUUUUGGGGACCCCCUUUUGUCUGUCAUUUCUUCAUGACAACAUUCCCAUGUUAGAUAUGAAACACACAUGCAUGUGGAUUGUUAGGUGUUUCCCCAAUGUAUAUUUAUUCCAUGAUUGUGUGUGUUGGCAUGAGAGUCUGUGUUGAGCCAACUGAGACCUGUACAUUAUUACACUGUAGAAGGAGGGGCGGUAGGGUAGCCUAGUGGUUAAAGCGUUCGCUCGUCACGCGGAAGACCCGGUUCGAUUCCCCACAUGGGUAAAAUGUGUGAAGCCCAUUUCAGGUGUCCCUCGCCGUGAUAUUGCUGAAAUAUUGCAAAAAGCGGUGUAAAACUAAACUCACUCACUCACUCACUCACUGUAGAAGAACUUAAAUUUAUGACAGGGAAAUCAUAGUUACCAAGACAUCAUAAUUUACAUUUGACAUGAGCAAUGUGGAUCAGGUUCUGUCUAACUUAGCACUCCUUGUGUGUUGGUGCACACUUUGUAAAUAAAUCAAAUAAGGAUAA